AGUCAGCAACCACUUUGUCUUGUAACUCUAAUUUAAGACUCACUUCAGAAAUAUAAUUCAGCACUAUUAUUGUCAAAAUUGAGAGUGUAGAGGGGGAAAUGGAGUACCCGGAGUAAAACCACGCUGAUACAGGGAGAAAGUCCACACAGCGACAAUAGCUGUCAAUGUUGGUUUGCUGUUUUAUAGGAUGAGCACCAUUAAAAAGAUGACGGCCAGUAAACCUGCACAUGCCUUCACCUACUCUGGGAGGUUGGAUGAUGGCUGCGUCCACAGCUGGAUCUUUUGAUAUUAUUUCAGACUCCAGCAGCUUCCUACCUCAGAACUUUUUCUGCUGGUCUUUCAAUGCAGCUUUGCAGACUUUCUAGGUUCUCUUGACGUCUGGGCAAGUAAGUCCCUCCAUCGUUUGGUUUAUCAGUUUCUUUGCGUGACUGAUCCACUUCUCCUCGCUGUGGUUCUGGAGAGCGUGACACUUGGUCAACACUGUCAGCAGGGUAACGAACAACCAGAGCUGGUUCUCAAUUUCGGCCUUGGUUGUAGACUCACCAGAGGCAAACGGGUCAGCCGAAUCCAUAGAUGUUUGAGGUUGGUUCAAGGUGACCUCAGAGUUGUUUUCCUUCUCUAACAUUGUCUCUGAUGUGUCCUCUUAACCAUACCAUGGAACACCUAAGGAGCUUACAUACAGUCACAUACAGUCUUAUUUAAGGGGGAAUUAUAUAAGCCUAUAUAAAUGUACUUUAAAAUAGUUGUCUGAUGGUCCUGAUGGGGGUCAUGGGCCAACACAGCUGUAACAAUAAAUGUUCCUAGCUGAUGAUGUGUUCACCUUUAAUAUUACCUCCCUUGUUUAUACACCUUGUCAAGUUUUUCCAUCAGCCCAACUCGACUGCUAAUAAGGUUAAUGAGAGGCUGAGGCUGUAAUUUAAGAGGCUUAUUUGCAUGACAUUAUUAGCUAUUGCUCUAUUAACAGUAGGUUGAUUAGCGUGUGUAAUUAUUAAUUAAUUAUUUUUUGACAACCAUGCAGUUUGUAAUGAGUGAUCCAUUACUUACUUAUCAAACUCAUGUCUUAUUCAUAUAUUGUCUUUAAUUAUUAUAUUUAUUGACCCGACACCAGGAUGAAGCUUGCACGUAGUAUGCGGUGUGAUGUUUUCUGAAUUAAGAAAUUAAAGCAGUUCAUCAGCAUUGUCUGUAAGCCAAAAAGGAGCACAAAGGAGAGGGGUGGUGUUCCGCUUCUGUUGAUGCCUGCGGCUGCUGUGAGAGUCUGUGAUCAAUGACACUCAAUUGUAAAUUUAGAUAUGAUUCACUGUUGAGCCUUUUACAGUCAUCGCCGUUAACCCACUUCCCUUGGCGCUUACGUAGAAGGCAGUAUUAAAAACAUGAAGCCAAAAAACUAUACAUUCAAAGCAAUUUUUGCAGGUGUUACUAAAGUUGUGAAUCAGGUACUGUGGUCAACUGUACUUUCCCACUGCCCAUGAGUUCACCUGUCCCUUCUGAACUCAGUUUUCCAUAAAUUCCCAGUCCCCUUUGGACUCCGUAUUGUACUGUAACAAUACAUAGAUAACAAUACACACUUCUGUGGCUAAACAAUUAAAUAGUUAGCCACUACCAAGUAUUUGUAAUUGUACAUUUAAAUAAAACACUUUUUGAGCUUUUGAUCCUGUCAAGCAAUAUAAAGACUGACAUAAACUGUUUGUACUCAUCCUUGUUUAGCUGGUUUGGGUUCCUGUCAUCAAAGCCAAAUUGAUAAAGAAGUACUGUAAUUCAUAUGUAUGCUAACACGAUAGUUUGUUUUCUGUACAGAUAUACUGUAUUCAACAACCAAUGGAAUACACCAUCGUCUGUGCAUGCUGAUACCACACCAAAACGGACCAGAGGUGUGUGCGCCCACAUGCAAAGGCAGACAAUAAGUUUUGACCUAAUGUCAGAGCCUCCUAAGUGCUGCAUCUGUCUGGAUGAGUUCACAAGCCCUGCUUCCCUACCCUGUGGACACCGCUUCUGCCUGGCCUGUAUAGGCGAAUACUGGAGGAUCAAUGGGGCCUCUCAGUGCCCCCUCUGCAAGGCCAUUUUCCCCACCAGGCCACAGCUCAAAACAGAACAAACACUACAUGCUGGUGCCCCGACUGAGGAAGCAACUGUGCCUUUAAAAGCUGGAGAGGUUCCCUGUGAUUUCUGCCCAGCAAAGCAUAGAGCAGUCAAAUCCUGCCUGGAGUGCAUGGCCUCAUAUUGUGCCACUCAUCUGGAGCCACAUUACCAGAAUGAAGAUCUUGGGCGCCAUCUUCUGAUCAGUGUGGUGAAGAACCUGGAGGACUCUGUUUGUAGACUGCACGGAAAGCAGUUAAACAGGUUCUGUAGGAGUGAUCAAACGUGCAUUUGUGCCAUGUGUGCCCAGACGGAGCACAGGGGCCAUCACAUUAUUUCUAUAAACAAGGAAGCUGCAAAGAAGAAGGUCAAACUAAAAAGGAGAAAGACGAAACUUCAGCAAGCCAUUCAAGAGAGACUGAGUAAAGUUGAGAAAAUCAAGAUCUCUGCAGACCUCAAUGGAGAAAAUCCAAAGGAGGCUUGGGCACAAAAUAAAGAGCUCACCCAACAACUGGAAGAAGAAAUCUCAGAGUUGCAGAGAAGAAACUCUGAGUUGGAGCAGUUCACGCAGACUGAAGACAACCUCCACUUCCUACAGAGAUUCCUACACACUGAUCUUAAGGAUCAGACGAACCUGUUGACGACUGACCUUCAAAAGCACUGAAGUUGUUUUUUCUUUUCUGAAAGGGUUUCAAAAUCCACAACACCAUACCUAGUUGGUUGGUGUGUUUGCCUGAAGAGAACGGGCCGACCUUUUGGGACAUAUGCUUAUUCACUUUCCCAUGGAAAGUUAGAUGAGGAGAUCAAUAUCACCUCCACAUCUCUAUGUUAAAUAUAAGGCUAGUCUGUUUUUUUAAUUUAGCAUAAAUACUGGAACCUGUAACAAAAUCUCCCUAUUAGAACCUCUAAAGCUCAAUAGUAAGGUACUAUAUUUUGUUUGUGUAAAAACAAGAAUUUGCUGUUUCAUGGUGGCGGGGUUUUGUGUUCGAGCAGUUGUCAGGCAUCCAAAACAGAGAUUCCAGGAAGUCCCCUCUCAGAGCCAAGAAAUAGUUUGGGCCAUAAUACCCUUUUAAAAACACAAAUUGUUGUUAUUACAUGUCAGCUUUUGUGUGGAUUAAACAGGUGUGGUAAUUACAGAGCUCUGCAGCUGCUGGUAGGCAAAUUUUAUUAUCACUGAAAAGGAGCCAUGCUAACUGUUAAGCUAAGCUAACCGGCUGCUGGCUGGUAUUGAUCUUUUCAUGUAACUCUUUGCCAGAAAGCAAAUAUGCAUAGUUCCCAAAAUGUCAAACUUUUGCUUUAACAGAUUCAUUUUAAUGUAUUCCCUGUUGAAUGGUAACAAUUAUCAAUUUUUGUUAAUUUAUAACAAUUAUGUGCACUAUGAAAUAUUAAAGAUGAUUUUUACAGAUUUAAAGAACUACAAUUAUUGCUUAAUUAAUUUUUUAAAGAUGCAACGUGUGGCAGUAACUCCAGAAUGUAUUGUAUGAAUGUAAUUUAUUUUAAGGGUAUUGUGAGCUCACAUGCAGUACAGUACUUCAGUGUAAAUGUUUAAGGCUUUUGAAUUAAUGAAUAAAAUGUCAAACCCUAGACACUGUACUUAUGCAAAACAAUAAAGUACAUUUUUGAGUAAAAAUAA